AUGCAGGCGAGGGAGCCAAUAGGCGAGAGGGGGCGCGGGGGACGGCGGAAGCGGGUGGGCGAGGGAAAGAGGGGGAAUACGGGGGUUGAUGGAGAGGUGGAUGGGGAGGAGGGUGAAGAGGAAGGGGAGGAGGGUGAAGAGGAUGGAGAGGAGGGAGGAGGAGAGGAAGAGGGGGAGGUGGAAGAGGAAGGGGAGAUGGAUGUUAGUGGUGAAGGGAACGCGGAGGAGGAAGAGGGGAGGGAGGAGAAAGCAGAGGACGGAGGAACAGAGGAGGACGAUGCAGAAGCAACUGCACUGCUCGCCAAAGCUGACGUGUCCCUUUCUGCCACUGCCACGUGUGACUCCUUUGCUGACCUGGCACUGGCGCCGUGGCUGGUCGCCACGUGUCAUGAGAUGGGUCUGCGCCAUCCCACCCCAGUGCAGUGUGCGUGCAUCCCCCCCGUCGUUGCGGGGAGCAACGUCAUUGGGGUGGCGCAAACGGGAAGUGGCAAGACUGCUGCUUUCGCCCUGCCCAUUCUCCAGUUCCUUGUCCUGGACGAGGCCGAUCGCCUGCUCGACCGCGGCUUUGAGGAGGAGAUAGGGGCGAUUCUGGGAAGGAUGCCGAAAGAGAGGCAGACGCUGCUCUUCUCCGCCACUUUCACCGCCAACCUGCACGCCUUGAAGGUGUGUGGUGGUAGCAUGGGUAUUGCAUGGGUGGGUGUUGCAUGGGUGGGUGUUGCAUGGGUGGGUGUUGCAUGGGUGGGUGUUGCAUGGGUGGGUGUUGCAUGGGUGGGUGUUGCAUGGGUGGGUGUUGCAUGGGUGGGUGUUGCAUGGGUGGGUGUUGCAUGGGUGGGUGUUGCAUGGGUAUUGCAUGUGCGCCUUGCACUUCGUCUUCACCAGGGAGAGGCACUCGCUGCUCUUCUCUGCCACUUUCACCGCCAACCUGCACGCCUUGAAGGUGCGAUGAGCAAGACCAAGAAGCUGUUUCACUUUGAGGCGUACGAGGGCUUUAAGACAGUGGAAGCAUUAGAUCAGACGUACCUCUUCCUCCCCUCCAACGUGCGAGACGUGUACCUCUGCCGCCUCCUCUCCCGCCUCCUCCCCUCCCUCCAAACCAUCCUCCCCCCCGCGCCGCCCCCCUCCGCCUCUGCUGCCGCCCGCCCACCCGUGCGCUCCGUGAUCGUGUUCACGUCGUCCUGCCAGUAA